AUGUCUGACGUCGCGGGUGCCCCCGGUCCGUCAGGCUUUGGAGCCAAUGGCCGUACUCAGAAUGGAUCUACUCGCGCCACUCAAGGCCCGGUCCCUGUCAACCCACACCCUGCAAGUGGUUUGCGGACGCCCACGGAUAUCAUGAGGCAACGUCGGGAUCGAGAGGCUCGCAAGAAAGCAGAGCAGGAGGCGAGGGAUAGGGAGCAGGAUGAGAUCGAGCGCAGACAGCAACAGGAGCAGAAUAGGCCCGGUCCAGCUUAUGCUGCUGGCGUUGCCGGUGACAGAAACUCGCAACGAAGGACGCAAAUCCCAGAGCGGUCUUCCACAACCACGAAACGACCAGAGCCUCAAGCCUCUGCGUCUAUCCCUGGAACUGGUGGUGCACAUGGACCGCUGAGGCCGACUACCUCGGCUGGGCAGCCUAGUGCAUCUCAACAGCCUCAGGCUGCCCCGCAGAGCUCUGCCGGGUGGUCCAAGCAGGCAGCUCAGGCGGCGUCUGAACAGCCAAGUUCCCAAGCCCAACAACAAUCUCGUAGAAUUCCGUUUCCUCACGCCUUCGAACGAUGGGAAACACUCUCGUCCCACUGGGAGGGUUUGACUGGUUACUGGAUCCGCAAGCUGGAGCAGAAUAAUGAAGCGCUCGAGCGCGAUCCUCUUAAUCAACAAAUGGCGCGCCAGGUGACGGACCUUUCUGCCGCUGGAGCCAACCUCUUCCAUGCUGUUGUCGAGUUGCAACGCCUGCGGGCCUCAUCGGAGCGGAAGUUCCAGCGUUGGUUCUUUGACACUCGUGCUGAACAAGAACGCUCGAAAGAGUUGUUAGCGGAACUAGAGAGGCAGGUUAGGACUGAGAGACAAGCCCGGUCUGAUGCUCUCACUUCACUGCAGAAAGCAGAGAGCGACAAGUCACGCGCCGAAGAGCUGCUGAAAGAAAUGCGCCGUGAGUUGCAAAUUUCCAAAGACGAGGCCCGCCGCGCAUGGGAAGAAUUGGGUCGGCGCGAACAAGAAGAACGCGACCGCACUACAUCCCUCCGGAAUGGAGAACCUACAUUAGUCGGAGGCGUACAGGUCGUACCGAUGAUCCCAGGCCCCGCCAGUCGGCAUAAUACCAAUCGCCCGCCAACCCGAGAAAGCCCAUACGCAAGUGGUGAGAGCGCCGCGAGAACCACAGCGGUGACGGAAGGUCAAUACUAUGAAACUCCUGCAUCCCCAACCGGCACCGAUCCUUUUGUGGAAGGGCAUAGGCCCAUCCAGGAACCUCCAUCAUCAUCUCCGGAAGCUCAGAGACAAUAUCCUGGACAUUUCUAUGAGCAGGGUGCCGCAUAUCCAGCUCGGCCAACGUCUGAGAAUGAUGACCGCUCCUACGGCCCCAGCAUUGCUAGUAGCGAGCAAGGAGAAGAAGAGGCCGGCAGCAGCUACCGCCGCAACCCGCAGGGCCAGUCAACUGCUUACCAACCUGCCAUGUCCGAAGCGAGCGACGAGUAUGAGCAUGGGUCAGUAGAGGAAGGCGGAUACCCACCCAGUUCUAUGCCCACAACAUCCGGACCUCUCUAUGGAGGCUACACCCAGUCUGUCGAUUAUAGCGGCUCGGGAUGGGGUGUAGGGACAGGUUGGGAGUCCGUAACCCCGCGCCAUCGUCAUCCUACGCGCCUCAGCGAUGUAAUCGAAGAAGAGGAACCACGGACGACUCCCAGUCGGGCCAGCUUAGCCAGUCGAAGUGUACAGUGA